CGGACCGGGGGGCGGGGCGGAGGCGGAGGCGGAGACGCCGCGUAGGCCGGGCAGGCCUGGCGGCCGGGCUGGGAGCUAGAGCUCCAUGUCCAGCUGUGUCUCCCCACGAUGUUGCCGUCCCGGAGGAAAGCGGCGCAGCUGCCCUGGGAGGAAGGCAGGGCCAGGUUGCUUCCUGGAGGCCUCCGCCGGAAGUGCUCCGUCUUCCACCUCUUCAUCGCCUUCCUCCUGCUGGUCGUCUUCUCCCUGCUCUGGCUGCAGCUCAGCUGCUCUGGAGACAUGGCCCAGGUGACCAGGGCACAAGGGCAGGAGACUGCGGGCCCACCUCGGGCUUGCCCUCCAGAGCCGCCCCCUGAGCACUGGGAAGAAGAUGCAUCAUGGGGACCUCACCGCUUGGCAGUGCUGGUGCCCUUCCGGGAACGCUUUGAGGAGCUCCUGGUCUUUGUGCCCCACAUGCACCGCUUCCUAAGCAGGAAAAAGAUCCCACACCACAUCUAUGUGCUCAACCAGGUGGAUCAUUUCAGGUUCAAUCGGGCAGCACUCAUCAAUGUGGGCUUCCUGGAGAGCAGCAACAGCACAGACUACAUUGCCAUGCAUGACGUGGACCUGCUCCCUCUAAAUGAGGAGCUGGACUAUGGCUUCCCAGAGGCUGGGCCCUUCCAUGUGGCCUCCCCAGAGCUCCACCCUCUCUACCACUACAAGACCUAUGUAGGCGGCAUUCUGCUGCUCUCCAAGCAGCACUACCAGCUGUGCAACGGGAUGUCCAACCGCUUCUGGGGCUGGGGCCGCGAGGACGAUGAGUUCUACCGGCGCAUCAAGGGAGCUGGCCUCCAGCUUUUCCGCCCCUCAGGAAUCACAACUGGGUACCAGACAUUUCGCCACUUGCAUGACCCAGCCUGGCGGAAGAGGGACCAGAAACGCAUUGCAGCUCAAAAACAGGAACAAUUCAAGGUGGACCGGGAGGGAGGCCUGAGCACUGUGAAGUACCAGGUGGACUCCCGCACAGUGCUGUCUGUAGGAGGGGCCCCCUGCACUGUUCUCAAUAUCGUGCUGGACUGUGACACGGCAGCUACCCCGUGGUGCAUAUUUGGCUGAGUUGGCUGAACAGUAUGGAAGCCUGUUAUUCCAGACCUCAGUGCUGCUCAAGCUCAGGAAACCUCAGGCCUGAGGCCCAGCUCAGGACGCAGAGUGGCCUGAAGGAAGAGCCAGCCAGCUCUGUAUCUGCGGCAACCUGGCCCCAGCCAGGCUCAAGACCGGACACAGGCAGUUCCUGGGAUGCUGCUGGAAAAUUGCCAGAGAGAGUCUGGAGGUGGGCUCUUGACUGGGAUUCUCCACCCUGCCUUCCCGCUUACCCUGCUCUGCCUGCCCGCCCACACUGAGGCCCGAGGCAAAGGAAAGAUGGGCUUGGACAGCCUCCGCGCCUUCUGCUCCUUUGGAAGAAGAGCCUCAUGCAAAGAUGUAGUCAGAAGCUGCCAUGGCCAGUGUGUAUGGCAGUCGCUAUUAGGAGGCUUAGAACUUCAGAAGGCUGAACAUGAGCCCCAAGGGAGCGAAGGACCGGCUAAUACUAGCUGUAGCUGGUUGUUACCAUGAAGUACUGGUGUCGGGGUGGGGUGCUUGGGUCACCAGGUCUCACUUUUCAAAAGAAACUAGAAUGCUGGAUCCUCA